CGCCAUUGUCCUCAGAAACAGACCACUCGUUGAUUUAGCAGAAAACGUUUUACAGACAUGCGGGAGAAUGUCUGUGAUUUAGCAUACACGACAAUGGUUUGGUAAAAUGGCUGUAACAGAGGGGCAUAUUUUGAACGUGUGGAUAUUUUUUAGUAUCUUUCUUCGAUUUGGGAUUUUUGCAGAUGGACAGAUUGUGUAUUCCACAACGGAGGAGGCAAAUCCAGGCACGACAGUUGGAAAUUUAGCUAAGGAUUUUAACUUGAAUUUACAGGACAUUGAAAGACGUGGAUUUCAAAUCGUGUCGGAGACCAACCGAAGGUAUUUCGAUUUGAAUUUAAAGACUGGUGUUCUUCACGUUAAGGAGAGAAUAGACCGAGAGGAUCUAUGCGAACAGAAUGCGAAGUGUUCUUUACCUCUAGAAGCAAUUGUUAACUCUCCUUUGAAUAUAUAUAGAUUUGAGGUAAACGUACUAGAUAUUAAUGAUAAUCCACCAUUAUUUCGUACCUCAAAGACAACACUAAAUAUUUCAGAAUUAGCUUUUCCAGGGGAGCAGUUCGCUCUGCCGAGCGCGUUUGACGCGGAUGUGGGCAUUAAUUCGGUAAAGAGCUACAAGCUGAGUGCGAAUGAACACUUUUCUCUGGAUGUUCAGAGCGGAGGAGAGCAGAGUGUGUCUGCUGAAUUGGUGCUGCAGAAAGCUUUAGACCGAGAGAAACAGCCAUUAAUUGAGCUCAAACUCAUCGCUGUAGAUGGAGGAAAACCUCCAAGAUCAGGAACAAUGCAAGUAAUCGUAAAUGUCGAAGAUGUCAACGAUAACAUUCCUGUUUUCAGUAAAUCAUUGUAUAAAGCUCGUCUAAAUGAAAACUCGCCACCUGGUACUUCUGUUGUUACAAUUCAGGCCAGCGACCCAGAUGAGGGUGUAAAUGGUCAGAUUGUUUAUGCUUUAGUUAACCACGAUAAUGAUAAAAAUGUCGAAUCAUUUUCAAUAGAUCCUGAAACUGGAGAGAUUACUGUGAAAGGUGAUGUAGAUUACGAAAGAAAAAAUGCUGUGGAAUUCCGCGUGCAGGCACAAGAUAAAGGGCAUAAACCUAGAGCUGCUCUUUGUAAAGUGCUACUUGAAAUUGUUGACAUUAACGAUAAUGUUCCAAAAAUCUCUGUAACAUCUUUGGUUAAUAAUGUCAAAGAAGAUGCUCCGAUUGACACAAUGGUUGGUAUGAUAACCGUCACUGAUAAUGAUGCUGGUAAAAACGGACAGGUAACGUUAAAAAUGCAGGGCUCUGCUCCUUUUAAAGUCCAGAACUCGUACAAUAAUUAUUAUACCUUAGUUGUUAACGGGCUCGGACACACUGAAGAGUGA